GUCGCAGUUGUGACGAAUGCGUGAGGUCAAAGUUCACAACAAUGGCUGUUCAUGUUGAGGAAGAGCCAGAUUGUCGACGUCCAGGAAAGGCAGGACUGUGCAUCUUCUUAAGUUAAAACGUGAAAUAUUAUUAUUUUCUUAUCUAAGAAGUAGUCCGUUCGGUUCUAUAGGUAGCUUCUUUGUCGCACUGUUAAACGCCAACAGAAGUAACAAAAAAGCUGCAGCUGUCUACGUGUACAAACACGGGUUUGCUAUUGCUAUAACUGAGGCGACAACAUGGAGGUACAGAAUGUAUGGUAGAAGCAAUCAGAACCUGGACGCUGUCAGAUGGCUUCGUUUCUCCCCGAUUCGCCAAAGACCGGAACGUUGCUUAAUAAUAACUUUGUGUAAUGCCCGCUCAAGGAAACGGAAUACAGUGCCCCACCGCUUUGGCGAGAAUCCCCGGGUGUUUUAGCAACAGGUGAAAACUAACACUGUGCUGAACCGAAAAAUGGGCAAGCGAAAUCGCAAAAAAGCACCGAAUGAUGUGCUGUGAACGUCCAUCUCGAUUACAGCGCUUGUGCUGUCUGUUGGACAAUAUGGUUCCAAGGUAUUAAUCAUGUGAGAAGAUGAAUAAUUAGUAGCACGUUAACAAGCUGGCAUUAGAUUAGCAAUGAAAAUGCCUCGACUGGAAGAAAUAGCAAAUGUUGCCUUGAGAGUACCUAGCAUACUCAUGCUGGAUUUGCUGUACAAGUGUGACAUUGACAGUUUCACGGAGCACCUGAAGGCAAAGAAUGAAGACAUGCUUUUUAAAUACAAAUAUGUCAUUUGGAAUCUCUAUUAUGUCGGUCAUCUGGUCAGCGUAGUGGUGCUGGUCCUGCCUUUGAGACACAUUGUGAGGCUGUACCUGUACGUCCUGACAGGCCUGCUGCUCUAUGUGGGUCACCAAGUCUCCAGAGAUUAUGUGCGUGGAGAGCUGCAUUAUGGGUACGAGGGAGCAGUGUAUCUGGACUCCUUGGCUUUCAGCCGUUUCGUUGCUGCUCUGACAAGUCAGAUUAUCCUCAGCACCCUGUGUGCCUUCCUGAUGAAGACCAGGAAAGUGUGGCUCUUCUCAGCUCACCUGCUCCCCCUGCUGGCCCGCCUCUGCGCCACGCCCCACGCCACGCUGGUCACCGUCAGCUCCUUCGCCAUGGUCCUCACAGGCCUGGAGGUGGCACUCUUCCUCAUCUCCAACCUCUUCGUGCCCUACCAGCUGGCCAGGGCGGCUUACAGGGAGCUCCUGCAGGUGGAGGUGCUGGAGCUGUACAGACUGCUUGCACUCGGGAUCACUCUGUGGAAUCAGUUUGCCGUCCCUACCCUCUUCAGUGUCUUUUGGUUUGUGCUGUUCCUGGUGCAGGUUUACUCUCAUGCCACCUCCAGCAAUCCCUUCGCCAACCACCAGGGGGUGCUAUUUGUUUUCCUUACCAGUGUCUCGGAGUGCUGUGCCACGCCUUACUCCCUGCUGGGCCUGACCUUCGUGGUGUCUUACCUGGCACUGGGGCUGCUGAACCUCUGCAAGUUCUACGUGGGCGGCUACGCAGCCGUGCAGAACGAGAAUGUCAUGCACAGGGGGGUGACGGAGGGCGUGACGCUGCUGCUGCUGGCCCUGCAGACGGGCCUGCUGGACAUGCAGGUGCUGCAGCGCACCUUCCUCCUCAGCAUCAUCCUCUUCAUCGUGGUCACCUCCACCCUGCAGUCCAUGAUCGAGAUCACCGACCCCAUCAUCCUGGCCCUGGGGGCCUCCCGUAACAGGAGCGUGUGGAGACACUGCCGGGGUCUCAGCAUGUGCCUGCUCCUCCUCAUCUUCCCCGGCUUCAUGGCCUAUAAGAUCUCCCAGUUCUUCCACAUGGACUUCUGGCUGCUCAUCCUGGUGUCCAGCUGCAUGCUCACCUCCCUGCAGGUGACGGGCACCCUGCUGAUCUACUCGCUGUUCAUGGUGGAGCUGGCGCGGCGGGACCCCAUCGACAGCCUGGACGAGAUCAUCUACUGCGUGAACGCGGUGAGCCGGGUGCUGGAGUUCCUGGUGGCGCUGUGCGUGGUGGCCUACGGCACCUGGGAGUCGCUGCUGGGCGAGUGGAGCUGGAUGGGCGCCUCGGUCAUCAUCAUCCACUCCUACUUCAACGUGUGGCUCCGCGCCCAGUCGGGCUGGCGCAGCUUCCUGCUGCGCCGCGAGGCCGCCCACAAGAUCAACUCGCUGCCCCGCGCCACCGACGAGCAGCUGCGCCGCCACAACGACGUCUGCGCCAUCUGCUUCCAGGAGAUGAGCUCCGCCGUGGUGACGCUCUGCGGGCACUUCUUCCACGGGAACUGCCUGCGCAAGUGGCUGUACGUGCAGGAGACCUGCCCCAUGUGCCACCAGCCGGUGAAGCCCACUGCAUCCCCGCAGGGCCCGGCCGCCGAGGCCCAGGAAGGGGCCGCUCCGGCCGGGGAGGCUGAAAAUCGAGCCCCAGGCUUCGGCCGGGAGGAGGAGGCCGGCCCGGAGCAGACCGCGGAGGGCGACCCGGGUCGGGCGGAGGAGGCGGGGAGGGGGGAAAACACCCAGGCCCCGGCCGACGCCGGAGCGCCCCCCGACCUCAGUGGGGUGCCGGUGCGGGGCCUCCGCUUCAACGCCAGCGGGCACUUCGUGGGCUUGGCCACCCCCGAGGGGGCGUGGUCGGGGGCGGACCCUUGGGCGUGGGCCCUGGAGGAGGAGCGGCUGGAGGGCAGGAACGGGGCGGGGCUGCACGGCAGGCCGGAUGACGGAGCCAAAGCGGGGAUGGUCAGCGGGGAUCCGGAACAGACCGAGCAAGGGUUACCGCCGCUCGCUGCAGGCGGCUCCUCCCAUGGGGGCGGAGCCUGGGGCCCCCAAAACAGCCUCUGGGGAAAGGGGUUGGACGGGCUUCUUUUAGGGAAAUCUCAUACGAGCGUGAGGGGACACGAGGCUGAUACAACGGGUAUCAAGGUCAAGGAAAGCGGACCACAGGAAACCACGUCGGACAGACUUCCGCAAAGUAGAACCCCGUUGUCCGGAACGGCGGAGGAAUACGACCCCGACGGCGUAGGGGACGUCAGUCGAGGGUCGACGUCAGCGCAGGGCGACGAUCCGGACGCGGGCAGCAUGGCGGACGGCCUCGGACAGGACCCGGGGCCUGCACGGACCGGGCUGAACUGAGAGUGAAUGGGUCUGGACCGCCGCAGUCAGCAGCUGGGCUGCUCAGCGCAGGGGGCGGAGUCUGCGGAGGAAGAGGCAAAUGAUAUGACCCCGGGGGAGCGGGUGGAGGUGGCUAGAGUGUCAUGUAGCACCGAAGGAAAAGUCCACCCGACCUCUCAAACGUGUACACCCUCUGUCCGUGGAGGAUAACAGGACUACAUACUGUGUGAACAUCACCUUAUAGUCUCCUGAAGUAGAACAAAGAUGUACACAUAUCCAGGUCUACGGCUAAGCCAAAACUGUACUGUUGCGAUUGGAGGGAGGGGGAAAAAAACAGCAGAUAGGUAAUUAUAGUGAACUUUUCCAAGUUUCCUUAUAUGAAAGCAAACUAAAAAAUUAAGCUUCCUGUAAAAUUCUGAUUCAGAUAAAUUAAACAAGCUCUAAAAAGUAGGUUAAGUAGUUCUAAAAAAAUGUCACUGUUUAAAUUAUUCAAAUGUUUCAACUGAGCAAAGAUGUAUCGCCAACCUCUGUUGCUGUCAUUGUUGUUCGAACUUUGUGAAGGUCUGCCUCCUCGUAGGUUCUACAUGGUUUCAACCUUUAAGCAGGGACAAUUAGUGUAAAGAUACAGUUCUGUCAGGUCAAGCAUUUUAUUUGUUUUCUUUCAGAAUGUAAUAACUACUUUCAUUUUUUUGAGUAUCCUGAAGCAAGUUCCUUCUGAUCAGGGCGCUGGGGAAAGAAAAUAGUUUUGCCAAAGUCGCAUUUAUUGUAGUUUAUCUCUUAGACACUUGAAUACUCUGUAGGUUGACAGCAGUUUUUGGAGACUGCUGAAAGGACAAGUUUGUUUGGAGAAAAAUAGCCUCAGAAGCACAAACACUACGGAUGACAUCUUCUAUGAGCUGCCUUCUCAAAACUACAAUGUAUCAGAAACAUGAAGUGUGUAAAUGAUAUUUUAAAAUCCUUUAUUUAGUUUUGUUUGCGUGUGUGCGUGUGUGUGUUGUGCGUGCGUGCGUGCGCGUGUGUGUGUGUGUGUUGCAGUUUGAGUUCAGCUGUUCAAACAGGGAUCUCAAUUUCACUGCAGCAGAGACAUUUAUCCUGAAGACCAUGGAAGACCCAUCUGGACACUGUGAUCCCACCCCACGACUAUGUGCCUACAACCCAGAGAGCGGGGUUUUUACAGACACUGAGUCAUCACAUUACAUCUGCAGAGCUACAGUGUAAAUCGGGCAUGCUGUAUUUGCCACAUGUUUCUGAUGAAGGGAGAAGAGCUGUGAUAGGCUUGUGCUGCAGGAUUGUGGGACUUGAUGUUUUAUUAAACUGAAGCACGUGCAUUUCUGUCACAUACUGUACGGCCAGCUGAAAGUGUGUUAUAUCAUUUGUAACUGCCUGCCUGCACUGUCAGUCUGGGCAGUUUUGUCUUCUGUUCCCUUUUUGAUGUGGGGCUUGUUGGCAUUCACAGUGGGUGAUUAAUGUUUAUCCUGCUAACCUCAGAGUGGAAUAAAGAUGGCUUUUCAAAU